GGUAAUCAUCGUACAUCUGAUCGUGGUAGACGCCUGCGCGGGGAAAAUUUGGCGCCAUUGAGUGCGGCGAGACGAGAAGGUUUGUUGUGGCGCUGCACCGACACAAUGACGGACAAGGAGGGCGCCAAAGGUAAAUUUGGGGAUGGUGGUGGUGGGCCUGCACCAGACCUCCCGCCGACACUGGCCUUGGCUGAAGUGGCACCUGCACACCGCCUUCAAGACACAUUUGAUGAUGCGGUGGAGGAGCGUGUCAUCAAUGAGGAAUACAAAAUAUGGAAGAAGAACACUCCCUUCCUCUACGACCUGGUGAUGACACACGCCCUGGAAUGGCCCUCCCUCACUGCACAGUGGCUUCCUGAUGUCACAAGACCUGAGGGGAAGGAUUACAGCAUCCACCGCCUCAUCCUGGGCACCCACACCAGCGAUGAGCAGAACCACCUCCUCAUCGCCUCUGUCCAGCUGCCCAAUGAAGAUGCUCAAUUUGAUGCAUCCCACUAUGAUAACGAGAAAGGAGAGUUUGGUGGCUUUGGCUCUGUUAGUGGCAAGAUUGAGAUCGAGAUAAAGAUCAACCAUGAGGGUGAAGUGAAUCGUGCCCGGUACAUGCCCCAGAACCCAUGUGUCAUUGCCACCAAGACUCCCUCCAGUGAUGUGUUGGUCUUUGACUACACCAAACACCCCUCCAAGCCGGACCCAUCGGGAGAGUGUCACCCAGACCUGAGGCUGCGGGGCCACCAGAAGGAGGGGUAUGGGCUCUCCUGGAACCCAAACCUGAAUGGGUACUUGUUGAGUGCAUCAGAUGAUCACACAAUAUGUUUGUGGGACAUUAAUGCCACACCCAAGGAGAAUAGAGUCAUUGAUGCCAAGACCAUCUUUACUGGACACACUGCUGUGGUCGAGGAUGUUGCUUGGCACUUGUUGCAUGAAUCUCUGUUUGGCUCAGUGGCUGACGACCAGAAGCUGAUGAUCUGGGACACCCGAGCCAACAACACCAACAAACCCUCACACACGGUGGACGCACACACAGCCGAGGUCAACUGUCUCUCUUUCAACCCCUAUUCAGAGUUCAUCCUGGCCACCGGCAGUGCAGACAAGACAGUUGCCUUGUGGGACCUGCGCAAUCUCAAGCUGAAACUCCACUCGUUUGAGUCGCACAAAGAUGAAGUAUUCCAGGUGCAGUGGUCCCCUCACAAUGAGACCAUCUUGGCCAGCUCCGGCACUGACCGCCGGUUACACGUGUGGGACCUAAGCAAGAUUGGAGAGGAACAGAGUGCUGAGGAUGCUGAAGAUGGACCUCCUGAGCUGUUGUUUAUCCAUGGCGGCCACACUGCCAAGAUCUCAGACUUCUCCUGGAACCCCAAUGAACCAUGGGUCAUUUGUUCUGUUAGUGAAGACAACAUUAUGCAGGUGUGGCAGAUGGCAGAGAACAUAUACAACGAUGAGGAGCCGGAGACACCAGCGUCAGAGCUGGAGUCUGGUGCCUCGUAAGUGUGUGUAGCAAGGGGGAGGACAGUAUUGUUGUGGGCGGCUGUCAUCAUGUGAGUUUAGUUAAAUCAUGUUUCUUUAAGUAAGAACAACUAUUUUCUGAAUUUCAAAGCAUUAUUAUAUCAUGGAAACUAUGGCAAUUACUUUUUUACUGUGUAAAAUCAUUUAUUGUCAUUCCACAUAAUUUGUAGAAUUUUCAGCAUCACUUUAAUAUUAAAAAUAUUUUGAAA